UAUUUCUGUCUGUGUCCUUUCGAGUUUUCAAUGCGAGUUGCGACUAAUUUUUGUUGUUUGGAAUAAAAUUGACUUCUAUUCUGAAAGUAAAACACGCCGUUAACCGUAAAUAAAUAAAAUUAAAGAUUUUCAAAAUAAGUGAAAUGUCGCCUAUACUGAAGUUCCGAUGAUGGAAACUAAACUGCAAAAACAAAUCGUUGAUUAUUUUUGUGAUUUCGAGGAAUUUUAUCGAGCUGCUACCAAAAACUUGUUACAGUGUCGAGCAAUAGCCGAUUCUAUCAAUAGCAAUAUCAGCACAUGCAGAGAAAUAGCAGCGGCUGACAUUAGUAGGACCCCUUUAGAAGAAUACAAAGAUAUACAAUCGAAGCUACUAUCUAAACUACAUGAUCGUAUCUCGGAUAGAGUAGUGACAAUUCAACAAUAUUCUUUACAACUAUCAACUCUGUUUGAAGAGCUCUACACCAAAAAGAAAGAUUUAAUUUUAAAGUGCAAGGAUAUUGACUUCAGCGCAAACACACCCUUGGUAAGAGGAUCCCCCUUCCAACCAGCUCUAAAAACACUUCUGGUUUAUGCUAAUUAUACAAUUAAAUUUGGUGCCCACAUCUGUUCAAUAUUUGAAACAUCUCUAAACUCAUUUGCUCUGUUUGGUACGGACUGUGAGCUACCAGCAGAUAGCUUUGUUAUACCGCGGGUUAUAACUCUUUCAGCUAAGGAGAUAGUGACAUACACAUCUAGUUUUACUAGAGACACAAAAAAAUAAACUUGACCAUAAAUUGCAAAAACCUUUUCCACCAUGGAUUUUCUUGACAACAUUUUGAAUUCAAUGCAAAAACCACCAUCAGCAAGCGAAGCUCAAAAGAAUGCCAUCAAAAAGCAGAAAGAGGCAAUUGAAAAGAAACAUAAACAAGAGAAAGAGAUGCUGAACCGUUUCCGAAAGAAAGUUGAAGAUAAAGUUAGUGACUUCAUCAAAGAUGGAACGCUGCCAUACCUCCAGUUUGACCCAAUGGACCAUAUGUACAGAGCCAUCAUCCGAGAUGUGGCUGAGACUGCUGGGGCUCAGGUGUUCUCCUUUGGCCAAGAAGGUAUUGACCGCUAUGCAGUUGUAUACAGCAAAGACCAGGGGCCCUCGGAGGACGAGCUGGCCGUCCGGCGCGCGGGCGGCGUGUGGGAUGAAGAAAAAGCUGUAGAAAUGGCAUUGCAGCGUAUUGAAAACAAAAGACAAGCGGUUCUAGAUUCUGAGGAAGAGAACAGGAAACGCAAACGAGGCCCCGAGGAACUUAGUGGAACGUUCUACAAGCAGAAAUAUGCUCAUCUGAUUGGACAAGAAGCAGCUAUUGAUGCUGCACAGAAAACUAUCAUGAAUAAAAGCUAUGGAGAAGUUUCAAGUGAAAAUAAAAAGGAUUUGCGUUCGAUAGAACAAACAAUGGCUGAUAUAAAAGCAAAAAAGCUGAAGAAAACUGAGGAAGAUGUUGAGAGUGUUCAAACAUAGUAUAAGUUUCUUGUAAUUAAUUUUAAUACUCCAGCAACCAUAUCUGUUGGUUGUAACUAUGCCUAGAAUACUUUGUAAUCAUCAAUUAAAUACAUGAAAGGUAUCUUUUUAUUUGAGUCUGUAAAGUGUAAACUGAUAUAAAUACUGAUACUACCUACAUACUUUUACAAUGUACUACAAGAAUAUGUUUUUUUUUCUUGAAUGAAGUUGUUUGUCCUUUGAGUUCAGGAAUUUUGCUGUAACUAUUGCUACAUAUUUUUUAUAUGAAAUUGAUUUAGCUGACUCAAAUAAAACUGAAAUUAUGUAAGUAUUCGGUUGUGAUACAUUUAUCACAACGAACAAACCAUUACGUAUACCGGUAUACCUUCUUCUUCUUUAUUAUAAAAAUGAAUUAGUUUUUUUGACUUCUAGGCUAGCAUACCAAUAAAAUCGAGGCGAUUCUGAAGUAAAUUUUAGCAGUGUCAAAACUUAAACUUGUAAUAUGGAAAAUAAGAUUAGAGGCAGACAAUCAUAAAGUUAAAUUUCGAACGAGUAAUUUUACGUUUUGCCAAUGCUAAGUUUCAAAUGAGUGCCUUCAGAGUAACUAUCAAUAUUCAAAUAGCAAUACCUACUUAAUAGUUAAUUUUAAAUGAACUGCUAAGCUUAGUUAGAAUAGAUACUGAAGACAAGACUGGUGUAAAGAUGUUAGGUUUUCAGAUUAGUUUGUAUAUUUUCUAUAACUCAUGUAGGUAUGUGUGUAGGCACUUAUGUCCUAAAUCAACGAUAGCACCCCUCUGUACACUAUGGCUGUUCAGGUUAGUGAUGAAAACAUAGCUGAUAAUAUACAAUGAUUUCACGACAAUCAUACGAUUCCGACAUGUGCUAAGCAGAGAUGAGAAGAGCGAGAUGUCUUUCAGCUCUGGUGAUUCCACCGCAUUUGGGCGGUGGUCGGACCUACGAGUGCUUACAUAGACAAUCGGGUUCCCUGUGUAUCUACCUGUACCGGUAACCUGAUUAUGCGAAAGCGCUCAUGACAUUUAAAAAUCCGGGAAAUGCUCCGUGAGUGAGCGCUUUCGCAUAAUCAGGUUACAUAUACACGGAACCCGAGUCUCUAUGUAAGCACCCUAAGCGGUGACGUUUGGUUGUUGCUGCCAAGAUGCCAGAUCUACGCAGGGCAUUCACAGACCUGUCUGCAGUAUCGCUACAACAAAAAACAAAUACAAAGAGCUUUAAUAUUUACUAGUGUGCUAUGUUUUAUUGUUAAAUCGCAAAAAUAUAGCAAUAACGACCCUACUGUAUUAGGAAUAACGAAAUAAGUCGAAUCAUGUUAUCGAAAUACACUGUUGCAAAAUUGGGAUAAGUAGUAAGUAAGCCGAAAGAAGGUGUAUUCUCAUACUCAAAGUCACGUGACCAUCAAAUUUAAUAUUGUAUGGAGAAGCAAAAAAAACGUGAAUUCCCCAAAAGUUGUUCAGAAUGAGCCUCUGACACCGCCUUUCCGCUUACUACUAUACCACUUUUCUGCUAACUUUCUAGCAAUAUGUAAAUUAUAAUCAAAUCAUCCUUGAAUGUAUGAAAUGUUUGUAUAUUUAGCUGUACCUACUUUGGAUUCUGAGAGUGCCUUUAGGUUCAUGUUUUUGUUACCAUAUUGGCUAUGGUUUUUGUGUAGGUAUCAAUUAACUAUCUCACCUUGUGUACAAAUGUACCUUUGACUUAUUUGUUAAUCCUAAGUUCUUAAGCGUUAUAUACCCAUAUAGUGCAAGGGUGUAAACAUGUGUGGCAACAGUGGCAAGCAUAUCUCUGAAAGUUUUUUUUAAUUAGACGAUAUCUAUAAUUUUCAUUGCCAUUGUAAACCUCGGUUAAGUACUUAGGGUCGCUAUAUUAUUGGCUAGGUUUCUUCAUGUGUUUUUCACAUUAAACAAUGUAAAUCAUACGAACAUAUGUGAAAUAACUUUUAAUUUUCAUGGUACAAAAUAAAGGACUUCAUAAAAAACAAA